AUGGCGCGCGGAUGGUCGAAGCGAUUUCUGGGAUCUGUGUUGCUGGGUGCUCUGGCAGGAUCAGGAAUAGGCGGAGUCCAGGCUGAGGAUUCCCAAAUCCCGCUGCCGAGUUAUCAUUAUGAGGCGCAGAUUCCAGUUAGUUGUUUGAAUCGGAGCAUCGAUACAGGGGAACACAUCUCUGAGGAGUCUUCGGGCGAACUACAGUAUAUCCCCUUCCCCGUGUGCAAUGAGACCGGGAAGCCGCUGGAACUGCGAUAUGGGGUCGAAGAAGAACUCAACUGUACCAUCCCCAUGAUAACAGAUCCCUUCUUUCACCUCCUCGAAUUCUAUAUCCAUAAUGACGCCCCCCUUUCCUGCCGCAUCCCCUCCCGACCUCCCCGAACACUCCAAUACAAAGACCAACCUCCCUCCAAGACCGAAUACGUCCCUCUUAUCUUCGCGCUCGCAGGAACACUCCAGCUGUCUCACCUCCAUAUCUCAACCCACCUCAAUAUCCUCCUCCAUUCAACUCCCAAGGAUCACCUCCAACGCCGUGACUCAGGCGUCAUCGACUCUGGUGCAGCAUACUCCACCUCUCCGCUGUCACACACGGUCGGCCCUGCAGCCCUCACGAAAAAACUUGUAAUAGGUGACCCCCUUCCCUUGAAGUUGUCGGUUCGAUGGUUCCCUACUCCUCAGCUCCCGCGAGAAAACGGGAAAGUGCAGUGGGCUGGUAUGGGAGGACAUUUCUAUGUUAGCACCGCGUUUUAUUGCCUAGUUUCGGCGGGUGCUGGGGCAAGUAUUGUGACGGUUUGGUUUUGGGGGGUUGUGUUACCGAAACGAAUUCGUGACAGGGGGAAAGGACUUGGUGGUGCGACUCCGUUAGGUUAUGGUGUUGGGAAUGGGUGGGGGAUAGGGAAGCGGGACUGA